GAAUUUUGAUUUUUCUUUUCUUUGGAUUUAUUUUGUGUGUUUGUAUAUACGUGGAAACGUGUGAAAGAAAGAAGCGAGUUCGUGGAUGCCAUGAAGAAACACGACGAAUCGUUGUUGGAGCCUUUGGUCAUUGGGUUCAAGAGUGGAUCGAGGACGGAGAAGAAUCAUCAAGCCUAAUGUCCGUAUGGUCAACGAGUACUGGACGCAAUUCAGUGUUUGGUGGCGAGAACGGAGCAGGACUCCCCUCCUCCCACUUACCUAUCAACGUAAACGUGGCUCAUUUACAUACACGAAACGCUAAUGAACAUUGUUUCCACAAGAGGUACUACGAUUUUCAGUCGAAGAUGUCGCAGUCAGGUGAUGGCCUUCAUACACCGGGCUAUCUCUCAUGGAGAAAAUUGCAGCUAAGCAGAGCGAAACUGAAAGCGUCCAGCAAAACCUCGGCUUUACUCUCGGGUUUCGCUAUGGUCGCUAUGGUGGAAGUACAACUAAACUCUGAUACCAAAGUUCCUCCAGAGAUGUUAAUUGCUUUCGCAGUUUGUACGACGUUACUAGUAGCUGUUCACAUGUUGGCACUGAUGAUAUCAACGUGUAUUCUACCAAAUAUUGAAGCGGUUUGCAACUUACACAGUAUAAGUCUUGUACACGAGUCACCGCAUGAACGUCUCCAUUGGUACAUCGAGGUAGCAUGGGCGUUCUCCACUUUACUUGGUUUACUUCUAUUUUUAUUAGAGAUAGCGAUUCUUUGUUGGGUUAAAUUUUACGAUUUCUCACAAGUUGCCGCAUGGUCGGCCUGUAUAGUGCUGAUACCAGUAUUGAUAAUCUUCCUCGCUUUUGCGAUACAUUUUUAUCGUAGUUUGGUAGCUCACAAAUACGAGGUUACCGUAUCCGGUAUAAGGGAACUAGAAUUGCUUAAAGAGCAAAUAGAAUCUACGGAUACCGAGGGUAGAAACGGUUUAAAUUUAUUCCAAUCCGGUGUAACGCACGUUGUGUGAUAUCAUCGAAUUUUGAAGUACUUUGAAUUUGAAGAAAAUACCACUGCUGCGUCUGUGACGCCAAAGGAUUUAAAGCAAUUCCUUCCAAUUUUUUGUUUCCUUAUUCAUUUAAUUAUGUUUUUCUACUGAUCGCACGUUGCCGUUGCCGUAAUUCACAAUUAAUAUAUAUGUAUAUAUAUUUACAAAUGCUUAAAAAUUGUUCUGAAAAAUUUACGGCAGUAACAACUCUUUUAAAUCUUCCGAGUUUUUCUUACGUAAAAUAUCCAUGAUCUUCCUGGAUUGCUGGUUUGGUGAUUCGAUAGUAUUUAAUUGCCGUAUUUCCUUUAUCAAUUAAAUUUAGGGAAAUAAUGAAGACGUACGUAUAUUGUAAAUAUGUCUGCAAUGUACUCUCGAAAUUAUACAACAAUUUUAUAUGAAUUUUGUGAUUUAAAAAAGCAAAACGCUUAUAGGACAAUUUAUUUUAUGUAAUAAUCAAAAUGGUUCGACUAACAUGACAAUUAUGCGAAUGAUAUGAAAAACAUUUUCCUAUCUUUAUUAUUAUUAUUAUUAUUAUUAUUAUUAUUA